AAAUACUUGUCUUCACGAGAGUCCUCCACUUCAUCUCCGAUUUUCAAUCUAUUUCUGCAUUUUACUUUCUCUCUCUAAAAUCUUUUCAAAUGGAGGCUGCUGAUUCCACUCGUUCGUUUCUCAGAGAUGUCAAACGCAUCGUCAUCAAGGUGGGAACGGCCGUAGUUACUCAAGCUGAUGGACGACUAGCUCUUGGAAGACUAGGCUCACUUUGUGAGCAGAUCCAUGAACUCAACACUGAUGGCUACGAGGUGAUUUUGGUGACAUCAGGUGCUGUUGGUGUUGGCCGCCAGAGGCUUCGAUACCGGAAACUAGUUCACAGCAGCUUUGCUGACCUCCAAAAGCCGCAAGUUGAACUUGAUGGGAAAGCUUGUGCAGCUGUUGGACAAAAUGGUCUUAUGGCUCUGUAUGACACUUUGUUCAGCCAGUUGGAUACGACCUCAGCACAGCUUCUAGUAACUGAUAAUGAUUUUAGAGACCCAGAUUUCAGAAGGCAACUGAAUGAAACUGUGAAAUCUAUGUUGUCGCUGAAGGUGGUUCCAAUAUUUAAUGAAAAUGAUGCCAUCAGUACCAGGAAAGCUCCCUAUGAGGAUGCUUCCGGAAUAUUUUGGGAUAAUGACAGUUUAGCGGCUCUUCUGGCAUUGGAGCUAAAAGCUGAUCUACUUGUUCUGUUGAGUGAUGUAGACGGUCUUUAUAGCGGCCCACCAAGUGAUCCAAAAUCUGAACUGAUUCAUACGUAUGUUAAGGAAAGACAUGAGGGUCUGAUAACUUUUGGAGACAAAUCACGGGUGGGAAGAGGAGGGAUGACGGCUAAAGUAAAAGCUGCUGUUUAUGCUGCGUACGCUGGUAUUCCUGUUGUUAUCACCAGCGGUUUUGCGUAUGGAAAUAUUCUAAAGGUUCUAAGUGGACAACGUAUUGGCACACUAUUCCACCGAGAUGCACAUAAAUGGGCCCCACUAGGAGAAUUAGGUGUGAGGGAGAUGGCGAUGGCUGCAAGAGAUAGUUCACGGAGACUGCAGGCAAUGUCUUCUCAUGACAGGAGUAAAAUUUUGUUGAGUGUUGCUGAUGCCUUAGAGGCUAAUGAGAAGCUAAUAACUGCUGAAAAUGAAGCUGAUAUUGCUGAAGCCCUAAAGGCCAGAUAUGAAAAAGCUUUAGUAUCGAGGCUUGCUUUGAAGCCUGGUAAGGUUUCAAGUCUCGCAAAUUCUAUUCGCGUGCUAGCAAACAUGGAGGAGCCAGUUGGUCGAGUUUUGAAGAGAAUGGAGCUAUCAGAAGGAUUCAUCUUGGAGAAACUAUCAUCUCCUUUGGGCGUUCUUUUGAUCAUUUUUGAGUCUCGACCUGAUGCACUGGUUCAGAUAGCUUCACUAGCAAUUCGAAGUGGGAAUGGACUCCUGUUAAAAGGGGGCAAAGAAGCUAGAAGAUCAAAUGCAAUUCUGCAUAAGAUAAUCACAUCGGCCAUCCCAAAAAGUGUUGGUGAAGGCCUUAUUGGACUAGUUACUUCUAGAGAAGAGAUCCCUGAGUUGCUCAAGCUGGAUGAUGUCAUUGACCUUGUGAUUCCAAGAGGGAGCAACAAACUUGUAUCUCAAAUUAAGGUGUCAACAAAGAUUCCUGUUCUUGGACAUGCUGAUGGAAUAUGUCAUGUAUACGUAGAUAAGUCUGCUAAUAUGGACAUGGCUAAACAAAUCGUUGUAGAUGCAAAAACUGAUUAUCCUGCUGCCUGCAAUGCAAUGGAAACAUUGCUUGUACACAAGGACCUUGUGCAGACUGGUGGUCUAAAUGAGCUAAUAGUGGAACUUCAAACCAAAGGAGUAAAAAUAUUUGGUGGACCUCGAGCAAGCUCUUCACUGAACAUUCCCGAGGCACGGUCAUUACACCACGAAUAUAGUGCUCUUGCUUGCACUGUUGAGAUUGUGGAUGAUGUAAAUGCUGCCAUUGAUCAUAUACAUCAGCAUGGCAGUGCACAUACAGACUGCAUUGUAACAGAAGACGAUGAUGUUGCUGGAAUCUUUUUGCGUCAAGUAGACAGUGCUGCUGUGUUUCACAAUGCAAGUACAAGAUUCAGUGAUGGCUUUCGCUUUGGAUUAGGUGCAGAGGUUGGUAUUAGUACAAGUCGAAUUCAUGCCCGAGGUCCUGUAGGUGUUGAAGGACUGCUAACAACACGAUGGCUUGCAAGAGGAAAAGGGCAAGUGGUAAAUGGUGACAAAGACAUUGUGUAUACUCACAAGGAGAUGAGCCGGGAAGCAUGAAUAACUUUGAUCACCUGCUUGUAGGAAAAGAGGAGUAUUGUUUCUGUGUGUAUUAUUAAUAUUAAUAUCAAACGAAUGUCAAAAGUUGUAUUUGGGCAGUGGUGUAAGUUAUUAUUUGGCCAAGUUAUCAGUUUCAGUUAAUAGCAUUGUGGAGUUUUCCCACACCAUCUAAA